CACACUCAGUUUUAUGGCCCAAUCAAUGUGGUUCCCGAAACUCCUUCCCGUGACAGAACGCUCGCUCCUUCGUCCACUCCUCCACCACACCACCAACCCACUCCUCCACUCCUCCACCACAAGCCUCCGCCAAUCAAACCUCCUCCCUCGCCGCGUUUCCACCGCCGCCGUUUCGCCAAUGGAGUCCAUCACCGUUCUCAUGACCUGCCCGCCGGUCCACCCAUACCUAGUAGAAGCCCUGGAGAAGCGAUUCACCCUCCACAAGCUCGACUCCGUACCCGACAAGGCCCAGUUCUUGAGUUCCCACAGAGACUCCAUCCGCGCCGUCGUCGGGAACGCCGCAGCCGGAGCCGACGCCGAGCUGAUCGACCAAUUGCCCAAGCUGGAGAUCGUGUCGAGUUACAGCGUUGGGCUGGACAAGAUUGAUUUGGCCAAAUGUAAGGAGAAGGGGAUUAGGGUGACUAAUACGCCCGACGUUCUGACCGAUGAUGUUGCCGAUUUGGCCCUGGGGCUGAUGUUGGCUGUGUUGAGGAGGCUGUGUGAGAGCGAUCGGUAUGUUAGGAGUGGGUUGUGGAAGAAGGGCGACUACAAGUUGACUACCAAGGUUCAGUGGCAAGACAGUGGGGAUUAUUGGCUUAGGCAGGAUAGGAAUGGCAAUUGCGCAGAGAGCAGAAGCAUUCAGCUGCCCUAUCAGCUACUUCUCCAGAUCACAGAAACCUGGCAUCAACUACAAGUACCACCCCUCUGUCGUCGACCUGGCAGCCAACUGUGACAUCCUAGUCGUCGCCUGCGCCCUGACCCCCGAGACCCGCCACAUCAUUAACCGUGAAGUCAUCGAUGCCCUGGGUCCCAAGGGAGUCCUCAUCAACAUUGGCCGUGGCCCACAUGUCGACGAGGCCGAGCUGGUGUCUGCUUUGGUCGAAGGCCGGUUGGGCGGAGCUGGUCUGGACGUGUUUCAAGACGAGCCGAAUGUGCCAGAAGAGCUGUUCAAGCUCGAGAACGUGGUGCUAUUGCCACACGUGGGUAGUGGCACGGUGGAGACCAGGCAGGCCAUGGCUGACCUUGUUGUUGGUAACUUGGAAGCUCAUUUCCUCAACAAACCGCUCUUGACUCCAGUGGUUUGAUUCCUCUUAUUUGGGUUCAGAAAUUGGGGUGGAAAUUUGUUGAGCUGUGGAAGCAGUUUCAUAUUGGGUCGAUGUAUUCAUAAAGCUCAGUUUCAAGUAGUUGAUUCUGCAGCAUCUUUGUUUAGCUAGGUUGAUUUUAUUGUCUGGUAUUGUUAGCGUCUUUGAAUGUCAACUCUCUCCCUUCUAGUCGGAGCAAUGCUCAGUUUGGUUUUAUUUGUUAGGAUUACUAUUGCUUUCAUCAACACGCAAUUUGUAUGAUGAUGGGUCAUUGAUGCUAGUGAUGGUAAUUGGUGAGUAUUUCAAUCUU